AUGCGACCUACUCAAGCUCUUAUGGCUGGUGGCGAGGGCCCUAUCGGCAGGCAUGGAAAGUUCCUAGGCGGCUGGGGCAGCUUCGGUGGCAUGCCGCAAAAAGGUAUCAUCAGCUACACCCUAAGCGCAAACAGGCAAAACCCGUUCGCCGGUGCAGCGCACGCCGCCGUCUUCAACACCUGGCGACGAUUCAGCGCACAGGUCCUCUACGUCGCUCCCCCAUUGGUCUUCUUCUACUACGCCAUGUCAUGGGCCACCGACCGAAACCACUACCUCAACUCUAAGGCCGGUCGCCAGGAGUUCGCCGACGAAUAG